AGCCUGACGUCACGGCGAGAGGCUGCAGGGCGAAGCGGAGUCUGAGCAGCGGAACAAGCCUGGCAGAGUUUGGACUGAGAGCAGCCGGGAAACUGCAGCUCCUGAGUGGCUCCUGCAACCUGUUGCCCCCCUCGUCUCUGAAACUUUUCGACACGAGGUAAUGGACUAUUAGGGAGACUUUGAACAGGCCUUCCACCGCAACUUAAAUACGAGCAGUCUAAAUCACCGCUGCCCUCACAUCACCCACAGCUUCAUCAACAGCAGCGACCAUGGGCAAACAGAACAGCAAGCUCCGUCCCGACGUCAUGCAGGACCUGAUGGAGAACACGGACUUCACCGAGCACGAGAUCAUGGAGUGGUACAAGGGCUUCUUGCGGGACUGCCCCAGCGGCGCGUUAUCCAUGGAGGAGUUCAAGAAGAUCUACGCCAACUUCUUCCCUUACGGAGACGCCUCCAAGUUUGCUGAGCACGUCUUCCGCACGUUUGACGCCAACGGAGAUGGGACUAUAGACUUCAGGGAGUUCAUCAUCGCCCUGAGCGUCACCUCUCGUGGUCGGCUGGACCAGAAGCUGAAGUGGGCGUUCAGUAUGUACGAUCUGGACGGGAACGGAUACAUUAGCAAGGCAGAGAUGCUGGAGAUUGUAACGGCUAUUUACAAGAUGGUUUCCUCUGUGAUGAAGAUGCCUGAGGAUGAGUCCACACCUGAGAAGCGCACAGACAAGAUCUUCAGGCAGAUGGACACAAAUCGAGAUGGUAAACUGUCCCUUGAGGAGUUUGUUGAGGGAGCGAGGAACGACCCCUCCAUCGUGCGACUGCUUCAGUGCGACCCCAGCAGUGCUGGGCAGUAGGAAACUGGACUUUUUGUUUGUUGAAUUUAACACAUUUUCAAAACCUCUCCCAGCUGACCCACCUGAGAUUGUUGACAUUUGAUCACUUGAGGUUUAGAGGCACAUGCACAUGCACGCACACACACGCACACACACACACACACACACACACACACACACACAGGCGACAUGUAACUGUACAUACUUCAAAUACCAAAGCCUGCUGCAUAUAUAAUCUUUCAGACGCCCACACGCACAAACUGUACAUGUGCCUCUAUGCCAGGUCAAGCGCCACAGACGUCAUGGGUCUCAUAAACGGUACAAACAUAACUCACAGGACUGAAAUCCCAUCAAAGACUUGUUAAACACUGAAUCGACGUUCUGCUACGUCUGUCUGGGAAGAAGGCCGGCAAGGAUAAUCCAACAGGUUCGUGAGGUACACUUAGCCGAACCCAAGUUCGCUGUUUCUUUUAAUUCUUUUCUUUUUGAAACACGAUCCCUGAUCAUUUUGUUUUCUUUUAACUGACCCGGGUUUUUUAGUGACGACGGACAGAUCUUCACAAAGUAUUGCAGUCUAAUUUCACGUUAACACUGGAUGAAAUGAAGUAUGUGAGUUUGGGACGACAAGUGUUCACAGCUUACAGUGUGUAGACAGGAGAUCUAGAAAAUGUAGUUUUAACCCUAGAAGAAUUUUAGAAAGGAUGAAAGCUUUUUUUUUUUUUAAUGUAUUUUUGUGAUGAAUGUUACAUCAAACCAAAACUGACUCAGAUUUCUAAAUGAAGGGGGAUAUUUCGACUACAGAUUACAACCGUCUGUUGAAAGUGACUUUUUAUGCCAAGUUCUGUGUCCUCACACGUACACACAAAUCUACACUCACACCUCCAUCAUCAUUUUACUGAUAAACACAUGAACUUGACACGUGCGUAUAAACCGAGCUGUGAUUCUCUUUCUUCAACUACGAUUCAACAUGUGUAUAAGCACAAAAAAAAAAAAGAAAAAAGUUAGAUGUUAUAUGAAUAUAUAGUAUGUUACUUAUAUAUUCUUUUACUCUGUGAUCACUCUGUGGCAAUUUGCCGCAGUGGAAUUUUUUUUUUUUUGACAUAUAAAUUAUUGGAAUGUGAUGAUAAACAUUUUAUUUUCUUUUACUUGACAAAUAUGAUAUGAAAGAAAGUUGUACAGUAUAUUCACUCAUAUUUAUGCUAGAGAUGUUAUAAAGGAGAGGACCACACAUAUUGCUAUGCAUUCAGCCUCCAAUAUCCACCGCUACAUUUGUUUGUAGCUUGUUAUUUUUGUCCUUUUUAAGAGAGGAAAUAGCUACAGAUCUCAGUUUAAUCCCAAGAUGCCCCUCUGCUGACACCAUAUUUCCCAGGAAGUGCUGGCAGUCAUUAAGUUCCUGUACUGUGUGUAAUCAGUGUGUAAGCAGUCUCCCAGUGGUGUAUGCGUCAUAACGAUGCUACAAUAGCAUCUGCAAAUCUCAAGUUUUGUGCAAAUGUGACUUUUCAUCUCAUGAAUGUGCACCAAGUUUUAAAAACAAAUGAUAUUAUAAGACAUUUUCUUUGCUACUGUGACAAUAUUUUUAUGACUAUGACACACAGUAACGACUCGCAGAACAAUGCGCUGACGUUGGUAGCGAGUUAACAGCAGCAUCCACCAAACCUCACUGUGUUUUCGAAGGAUUUACUGAUAGUACUGCUUCCAUUCUGCUUAACUUUCGCCUGCUGGUCUGAAACAUACAUGAAAUUUCGUAGUCUUCACAGGCAGAUGAGUGACGACCUCUGGGGAGGACAAAAUAGCUGUGAUAAAUUCUUGGGCUUCUGCACAUUUGAAGUAGGUGAUCAGGUAUGC